AUGGCAUCGCGACUCUACGCAGCGUCAUAUGCGGGCAAAGUGACAUCGCUUAACCUGGCAGGGUCUGGCGAAAGCCAUCAAUUGACGACGCUCUCUGAGACAACCGACUGCGGCACGAGCCCUUCGUGGUUGAUGCUGGAUAGGGAGAAUGAUUUUUUGUAUUGUUUGGAUGAAGGCAUUGAUCGCCCUAAUUCCACCCUGUCCUCCUUCAAGCUCAACGCGGAUGGCUCGUUCAGAAAGGUUAAGAAACUCCAAACUUUGAUGGGCCCUGUUGCGUCUGCAUUUUAUACACCAGUCCAACAACCAGACCAGAGAUUCUUUGCCGUCGCACACUACUCAGGGUCUGCAGUCACGACUUACUCUGUUGACCCUGCCAGCGGUCACUUCAACCGCACUCAAUCUUUCACAUUCACCAUGCCCGCCCCAGGGCCAGUCCCGGAGCGACAAGACGCGCCACAUCCCCAUGGAGUGGUGGUCGACCCAUCCGGGCAGUUUAUCCUUGUUCCGGACCUAGGAGCUGACCUUGUCCGCAUCUUCCGCAUAUGCCCAACCACAGGCCAUCUAGAGGAGAACCAGCCACUGGUUGUGGCUCCAGGCUCCGGCCCACGACAUGCUGUCUUCUGGAUUUCUAGAAAGGAAGGCCGGAUUCAACCAAAGAAUGUGCGAUUCUAUCUGGUGACGGAGCUUGACAAUUCCUUGAGGGGGUACGACGUGACAUACUCAAAUAAUGGCACAAUCCUAUUCUCGAAAUUCUAUGAAGGAAGCACGUACGGCGGAUCAACCCCUCCAGCUGGCUCGAAGGCCGCAGAGAUUGCCAUCUCACCGGGUAAUGAUCGUGUCGUGAUAUCGAACCGUAACGAUAACAUUUUUGGGACCGGGAAUGAUUCCAUAGCGAUCUUCUCCCUCAACAAUCAGGCACAAACCUCCGCCACCUCCUUCGUUGGAUUAUAUCCGUCUUUCGGGUCUUUCCCACGCCAGUUUGAUAUUAAUACGGAAGAAGGGAUGGUGGCGAUAGCACAACAGAACAGCCACAAGAUAUCGGUAGUCAAGUGGAGCGAGGUGACUGAUACCAUUGGUUCGCUACUGGCGGAGAAGGAAUUCGAUGGAGAAAUUCCUGCUGUGGUGUGGGCAUUUUGA